AUGCUGCCGCGCUUCACAGCGCAAAGCUCCCGUCUGGCGGCAUCCACAUCAUUGCAGGUGGGCCCCUCGCGCUUGACUUCCUAUCGAGCUUCUUUGCAGGCCGCGCACGCUGCCAGUCUGGCCACUCAUGGCUCUCAGCUUCACACUGCUGCCAGGAGGCGGCCUGAAGCUGCGGCAUCUCGCAACAGAGAGCCACUGACCUCUUCCAAGCCUUCUGAGCUCCCAUUAUGGGCGUGGUCAGCGCGAAGAGCUUAUGCUCGGCCAGCUGAUCAAGAACCGAAGAAGGACGAGCAGAUGAAGAAGAGAAAGGAGGAAGCAGCUGAUGUGCAAGCCAAGAAUGACAGCGAUGUCCCCGGCACAUCCAAAGCCGCUGAAACCAAGUCUCCCGAGCAGAAGAAGAAGGAGUUCGAAGAAGGCUUGGAGCGGGGUCUGAAGGAGGCCAAGAAGGCAAAGGAGAGCAAUAGGGACGAUGCCCCGACAGAUCCGUUGAGCCAGCUCAGCAAGUGGUUCCGUGACCAGGGUGAGAAGGCAGCGAAGGAAGAAGAAAAGGCUGAGAAGGAGUCGAAGGAUGACAAGGACUCGGACAAGAGAAGCUCCGGCGGCUUCGAAGGAGGCAACAAAGGCGGACCUCAGAUUCACGAGGUGCGCAUCAAUGGCAACCAGAUCAUCCUCACAAUCGCCGCUACGUACAUCUUGUGGCAAAUCACUUCGCCUUCCACCUCUUCCCGCGAAAUCACGUGGCAAGAAUUUAGAACGGCCUUCCUUGAAAAGGGCCUUGUAGACCGUCUCGUCGUGUCCAACCGCAGCAAGGUCAAGGUGUUCUUGCACAGCAAUGCGUCCAACACGAUGCCUGGUCAGCCUUCCUCGUCCAACAGCAGCGCGCCGUACUGGUUCACUGUUGGAAGUGUCGAAGCUUUCGAGCGAAGACUCGACGAAGCGCAACAGAAUCUAGGCAUUCCUCCGCAUGAGCGCAUCCCUGUGGCGUAUCGUGAGGAAAUCAGCUGGGGCCAAACGCUCAUCCACUUUGCUCCUACUUUGCUACUCGUCGGUCUUAUGAUUUAUGCCACACGCCGAGCAGCUGGUGGUAUGGGAGGCGGCGGAGGCGGCGCGGGUGGACCAGGGGGCAUCUUUGGCAUCGGCAAGAGUCGAGCAAAGAUGUUCAAUCAAGAAACGGACAUCAAAACCAAGUUCAACCAGGUCGCUGGUAUGGACGAGGCCAAGGAAGAAAUCAUGGAGUUCGUCAACUUCCUCAAGAAGCCUGAGCGAUACGAGCGGCUCGGUGCCAAGAUUCCUAGGGGCGCCAUUCUUUCCGGACCUCCCGGUACUGGUAAGACGCUGCUGGCCAAGGCUACGGCCGGAGAGGCUGGUGUUCCAUUCCUGAGCGUCAGCGGUUCAGAAUUUGUUGAGAUGGUGAGUCUGCUGAGAUUGUGUUCGGAUCCUGACGUGGCGCCGCUGAUUGACCGAUGCUCUGCUUGAUCCCUUGGAAAGUUCGUUGGCGUCGGCCCUUCGCGCGUUCGAGACAUGUUCGCCAACGCCAAGAAGAACGCUCCGUGCAUCAUCUUUGUCGAUGAGAUCGACGCCAUCGGAAAAGCUCGAGGCAAGGGUGGUAGCAUGGGUGGCAAUGACGAGCGCGAAUCCACGUUGAACGAGCUGCUAGUUCAGAUGGAUGGAUUCUCCACGACCGAGCACGUUGUCGUCUUGGCCGGCACAAACAGACCAGAUGUGCUGGAUCCUGCCCUGAUGCGACCCGGCAGAUUCGACCGACACAUCGCCAUCGACAGGCCAGAUAUUGGAGGACGCUUGGAGAUCUUCAAGGUCCAUUUGAAGCCUUUGAAGCUGGCAUCGAGCACCGAUGUCGACCUUCUGGCACAAAAACUAUCUACUCUCACUCCAGGCUUCUCUGGAGCUGAUGUUGCUAAUGUUGCCAACGAAGCGGCACUCAUCGCAGCACGCAACGGCGCGGAUGCUGUGGAGGAGAAGCACUUUGACCUGGCCAUUGAGCGUGUAAUCGCCGGCUUGGAACGCAAGACACGCGUACUGAGCCCCGAGGAGAAGAACAUUGUUGCGCACCACGAAGCUGGACACGCCAUUUGUGGUUGGUUCUUGGAGCACGCUGACCCUCUACUAAAGGUGUCCAUCAUUCCACGUGGUGUCGGCGCGCUCGGCUACGCUCAGUACUUGCCCAAGGAGAAGUACCUCUUCUCCACCGAAGCAUUGAUCGAUCGAAUCUGCAUGACAUUGGGCGGACGUGUGGCCGAGGAAGAGAUGUUUGGCAGCAUCACUACCGGUGCGCAGGACGAUCUUACCAAGGUCACCCGGAUCGCAUACGAGAUGGUCAGCAGCUACGGCAUGAGCCAGGACAUGGGCUUGGUGUCGUAUAAGCAAGAGCAAGAAUCGUUCAACAAGCCCCACUCUGAAGCUACUGGUCAAAGAAUCGACGAUGAGGUGCGCCGCAUCAUUACGGAGGCUCACGAGCGGACAAGGAAGCUGAUUCACGAGAGGAGAAAAGAGCUUGAGACGGUCGCUCAGCGUCUAUUGAAGCAAGAAGUUCUGACGCGUCAGGAUAUGAGAGAGAUGCUUGGCAGGAGACCUUUCAAGACUAGCGAUGAGGCUGACGAUUACCUGGACAAGAGGCUAGGCAGGGGCGAGUCUUCUGCUCCACCUCCGCCACCAGGUGAGCUUGGCACUCCUGGCGUCGCAGCCAAAGGGCCUCCUGAACCUUGA